GGCGGGGACUUCUGGCACUUUCUGGGAGCUGCGGGCGUGCGGCUCACUGCUCUUCUGGCCGGAAACCGCGCGCUCCCGCUACCGGGGCUCUCUUCGUCAGUGCCGCUAUGGCCAAGUGGGGCCAGGGGGACCCGCGCUGGAUCGUGGAGGAGCGGGAGGACGGGACCAACGUGAACAACUGGCACUGGACAGAGCGGGAUGCCACCGUUUGGUCCAAGGGGAAGCUCCGGGAGCUCCUGGUUGGCAUUGCUAUGGAGAAUGAGGCUGGCCGAUGUGAGAUCAGUGAGUUGAAGCAGGUGGAAGGCGAGGCUUCUUGUAACAGCCGCAGAGGAAAGCUUAUUUUCUUCUAUGAGUGGAACAUCAAGUUGGCCUGGAAAGGUACAGUUAAAGAAUCUGGUGCAAAACACAAGGGAUUGAUUGAAAUACCCAGCCUUUCUGAAGAAAAUGAAGUCAGUGACACUGAGGUGAACGUGAGUAAAAAGAAAGGAGAUGGGGAAACACUGAAGGAUCUUAUGAGAACGACAGGCACCGCCAAGGUCAGGGAGGCCCUUGGAGAGUACCUGAAGGCACUCAAGACGGAAUUUACAACAGGAAUGAUUUUACCAACAAAAGCUGUAGCAACCCAGGAACUGACUCUUCAGAGGAAACUGACUGAAAACACGUUGCAGGCUUCUCCAGUGGCACUGGGUGUGAGGAUUCCCACAGUAGCUUUGCACUUGACAGAGCUGUUUGACACGACAGUAGAAGAGCUGUACAGUAUCUUCACUGUAAAAGAAUUGGUGCAAAAAUUCUCCAAAUCUCCUGCUGUAUUAGAAACUGAAAAGGGAGGGAAAUUCCAGAUGUUUGCUGGGAACAUCACUGGAGAAUAUGUGGACCUGGUAACAAACAGGAAAAUUGUCAUGAAGUGGAGGUGUAGGAGCUGGCCAGAAGAACACUAUGCAACAGUUGAACUGAAUUUUGUGCCUGCUCCAGGGCAAACCGAAUUACAGUUGGACUGUAAGGGCGUUCCUGUCUGUAAAGAGGAGAAGACGAAAUUCUGUUGGCAGAAGCAGCACUUCGAAGAAAUAAAAGGUUUACUUCAUCAGCUUACCACCCAGAAUGCUUGAAUUAGUCAGGUUUUAUAAGGACAUCCUUUUUUAAGCAGAAACUUAUCCUGUUUACUUCCUCUUUCUUCCUUAAAAAGUACCUUUCCCUCAAGGCCCUUAAUUUAUUUUGUAUUGGAGAAAUUCAUGAAACAACAUAAUCUAAAAGCAUUGUUUGAAAUAUUUUAGACUCUGCAUUGAGUGAAAUCAGGUGUCCUAUCUCAGCGUCCACGGGUGUUCCUCUGGGAAAAGGAGGAGAGGCUGAGCUCCCUGAGCUGAGGCUGCUCAUAGGAUGCUCCUGACUGCUACCGUUGAUUACGCUUAAGACAAAUAAAUGACAAUGUUUAUUUGUUCCUCUAUUCUGAGCCAGUCUCCAAGAUGGAGCUCAUCAGAGUGUUGCGGUGAGGGCUAGGUCUCCCAGCUGUCUUCCAAGCAGUCAGAUACUUCGGGAUUAGAGGAAAUGAGAUAUCUGCAUGGUAAAUUAACUUGUUUUGGACUGAGGAGAGAACUUCUCAAAUAGCAGAAUUGCCACGUGGUUCCCCUUCAGUCUCCUUACUGCUGUCAUUUGAAGAAAUUGAAACAACUUAUGUAACAAAGGAAAAGUUAUCACUGUAACAAAGGAAAAGUUAUCACAGUCAGUUUAUAGUACACAGAACAGCAAUCAUAUCAAUAAAAAUGAAACAAUUAUUUUUA